GACUCGGUGGCGCGAUGUUUCUGUUCGUUGCAGUGUCUGAUGCUUCAGUUAUUUGCUGCUCUAGUUGUAUUCUCGCAACAAUCAAUUGGCUUUAAUUAGCAACCAUCAAACGCAUUGCAUUUCUAGGAUAUUUCAGAACUCACAAAAUGCAGAAGCAAGCGGAAACUAUAAAUCAUCCAUAUUGGCCACGCAACCUGUCUAUUCCAAACUAUGUAGCAAAUAACCGUUCAAUGUCAGAGAUUCUCGUAUUCCUGUUCUCUGUGUCCGGGAUACUGCUGCUUGCCACCUGGUUACUGACUGGGCGGAAGGUGUCUGGGAGCAGGCUUAGUGGAGGGAGAAGGUUAGCGUUGUGCUGGUUCACUGUGUGUGGUUUCAUCCAUGGAGUAAUAGAGGGAUGGUUCUCUUUAUACUACACCAUCAUUCCCGAAGACCAGAGUUUCCUGUCUCAACUCUGGAAAGAAUAUUGCAAAGGAGACAGCAGAUACGCCAUAGCAGAUAAUUUCACUGUUUGCAUGGAGACAGUAACUGCUUGUCUGUGGGGUCCCUUCAGCAUAUGGAUUGUUGUGGCCUUCUUGUAUAAUCGUCCUUACAGAUUCAUCUUGCAGCUCAUCGUUUCUCUCGGUCAGCUGUAUGGUGCAGUCCUCUACUUCUUCACUGAGCAUAGAGAUGGGUACAUUCACAGCGAGUAUGGGCACCCCAUCUACUUCUGGUUCUACUUUGUUUUCAUGAAUAUUUUGUGGAUUGUCAUUCCUUUCUCUCUUAUAGUGGAUUCAUGGUGUCAGCUAUCUACCAGUCAAUGUAUGUUUGAUAAAGCAGCCCUGAAAGAGAAAUCUAAAAGAAGCUAGGCCAGGGACAUAGGAAAGGAAAGAACUGAACUACUGUAUACCAUUUUUAAUAAUAUCUAAACUACAUGAAGAGAAUCUAUUUUUUAAAAUUACAUUUUGUAAUUGUACAGUACUUAUUGAUGGAAGAGAAUAAGUGUAAUGAUUAUGGUGAAUAUUCAUUACCGAAAUGUGACUGUGAUUGCAUUCAAAUUAAAUAUUCAAAAUACUGCCCCA